CUCUUUAGUUUUAUCUCGUCCUACAAACUAUAGACUACAGUCAGCGUUGCCGUGAAACCACAGACGCCAGUGGGCGAGUCAACCUAACCCCAUUACUGAUGGACAGCUCUCACAGCCAAUAGCGAUCGAGCUCCUCGGACUACAUGUCCAAAUAAGUACAGAGGAGGGGCGGGACACUGUAGUGCCGAGUACGAGUGGCUCUAUUGGAGGAGGGAAGGAUGCUCUAUAAGUCGAGAGGAAUCAGGCACCUAUCCAUGAAAAAUAUCCCGUUAUGUCAAGAUGUCAUGGGAGAAAAACUUUUCUUAGAUCCGCACCUGAUUUGCAAUCGAGUAUGAAACCUGUCGACUCGAGCGGAUAUUUAAUAAACUAAGCGCCUUGUAAGAUUUUUCUCGUCCACGGUGCGGACCGGUUCUUCUCCAAUCGCCUCGGCCAAAAACAUGAGUUUGUCUGAAUGGAGGCUGUGACGCGUGCAGCUGCUCUGACGGCGCAAAGCCGAGGAUGGCGCGUUGUCUCUCUGUGCUUGAUAACGCUGGUCUCCAUGGCGACCUCAUACCUCCCAGCUCAAGACUGGUCUUUGUUGGAUUCCAACACAACAAAGCAAUCUCUGAUGGAAGUGCCACAUCAAACAGCUUCACCCAUCACCUUACUGUAUACUUCCUUCGAAGCCUGGGGACAGUCCAGUGACAUCCAUAGGACAUUCCCCAUCUUGCCUAACACUGAAUCACCCAAAGCCUCAGAGAAUUACUACAGUCACACCAUCGGCACUGUAUAUGGCUCAGCAUCCAUGCCACCUCCAAGCUAUAUCGGUAAUCCAGAGCCUCUCUCUGGCCCUGCAGUACAUUCAGGCAUCCAGCUCUCACAGACGUCACCAAAUUUGCCUUCAACUGGGCUGGAUUCUUUUGCAGAACCACCAUUUCCACCCCCUGAAUUACAAGCAGAAAGAAUUAGCAAUAGUGACACUACAUCUGCAAACCAAGAAGAACUUUCAAAUCAUUUAGUCCCUAGUCAUGACUUAAAUAUCCAAAAUGAUGGUACCCUAGAUGGUCAUCAGUUAUAUCCAAGUCAUGCCGUUUUUGGAAAAUAUCAUUUGACAUCAUCUUUCACAGAACCAACUAUGGGUCCACCAGAGGUCUUCUUCCCAGCCAACACUAUGGAUGUGGACUAUGGUUCUGGUUCUGGUGAUUACUUGGAAACAAUGUCUUACAUGGGAACUGAGGGAGAUGACUAUUCGUUGGUCACCAAUUUUCCCUCCGACAUGUAUGACUUUGAGGACUCAAACUCAGAAUCCUACGAUACAUCUUUCCCUACUAGGGUAAUGAUUCCUUUGUCCACAAGGUACCUCUCUCCCAGUACCUCCACAAAUGUCCCUGAUAGACAUCUUACCAUGAAUCCUAACAUGGCCUUCAGUAUUACCCAAAAUUCAACCAGUACUCUCCAAGUAACCAAUAGCAAAAUGACAGUUUCUCAAAGUGUAAUGACCUCCAGAACCCCUACCUUAACCAGUAUUCCCAACAGUCCGACCCAUAUGUCAUUUUCCAGCACUGUUUACUUGGGUGUCCAAGAUAUCCAUCCUACAGCAGUGCAUUCUAGUGCCUCCUUACAUCAGAGCACCAUAGUCAGUGACACUUCAGAGUCAUAUUCUAACUGGCCUGAUGUUACCAUUGAACCCAGUGAUGUUCUUCUGCCUGACAUGAAUAGUCUGGAGUACUACAACAUUCAACUGACAAAGAGUAAUGACAGCUUGACAGAACAACAGGGCAACCAGACCACUUCCAAACAUUUCUCCCUCUCCCUGUCAGUAAGCACUACCAGCACCUACACUGUUCCUCCCAGUCACAUGUUAACAGUAAUGUAUGGAGAGGACCUGCAGCCUAUGGGCAACAACUCCUGGCCUGAAGAAUCUUCUACAGACAUCUCAGGAUUUGAUUUGUCCAACACUACUGUCUUGGAUUUGUCAGACAUAAGACCUAGUCUAAUGAAUGGUACAUUUCCGUUUUUGUACUCAUCAGUGUUAACUCCUUCCAUGGACUUUUCAACUUCCCUGUGGGAUCUGGCCACGACUGCUGACUGGAUUAACACAGAAUCUGUCAGCACCUCCCUGUCACUGUUUUUUCCACCCCCUGAUUCAGAGGAAUCCGAUGUCAUGUUUCCGACGUCCACAAACGUCUACUCUACAUUGCCAGAGACCUCACUCCCUACUUCUUCAGUCAUCAGUAAUGUGUUCACCCAGACACAUAAUGCCUCUGAGGUGCCUACUGAGUCGACCCUCAAUAGCACUUCUGCCAUUUCUGUGACUGAGAUGGCUGACCAAGGUUUCACAGGAGUAGAGAGUUCUUUCACUGAAGUUACAGAUGAUGUAAUGACAACAACCAGCAAGCCAGCAGCCUCCACCACUUCAGUAUUAUAUAAUGAAACAACUGUGACUACCCCGGGCCCAACAACUGAAGUGUUUAAUACUACAACUCUUACAAUGCCUACAACCCCUUCAAUGACAACCCAGACUUCUACUCUUCAGACUACCACUGUCCGAGAGUACCUCUGCAACAAUACCAAACCUGAUACCUACUUAGUGCGAGUCGGUUUUCCACUUGGCUCCACCGCUGGUUACGCCAAAACAAAAGUCGGAGAGAUCCUCAAAGCGGAAUUCAAUCGAUCGGUUGAACUGCAGGUGGUGAAAUCCCCUCCAGACUUUGUGUUUCGGGCUGUGUCUGGUCCUGUUGUCUACACAGCCAUAUCAGUUAUGAACGCUCUGAGACGGUUUACAUACACGUCUGACACCAUUCUUAGUGUUUCCCCUAUCAGUCCUGUACCAGGCCAACAGUACCACAUCCACUCUGUGCUUCAGUUUGUGCCUAUUGGCAUAGACAUGCAUGUGUGCACAUUCAUCGAGCACAUUGAAAGAGGCCUGAUUUACGCUUUCGCCGAGGUGCGCCGUCGCUUAAAGGAGUCUACUGACUUUACCGUGCACAUAUUGAACAUCACCAUGAGCUCUGUGGCACCAACACGGAGGCAGCUUCGUGGGCCAGUGGACAUCACCUUUGUGGUACGUGAUGCUCAAGGGUACAUACUAGGGUCAGAGGUCAGCAGUCACUUGAGACAUCUCAGUAUGGUGGAGUUUAGCUACUACCUGGGAUACCCUGUUCAGCAGAUUGCAGAACCAUUUCACUACCCUGAACUGAACACCACACAGUUGCUACGCUCUUCAUGGGUGAAGACAGUGUUGCUGGGCGUGAUGGAGAAUGAUGUGAGUGGUAGAAUUUUCCAGGCAAAGAUGGAGAGGAGACUAGCUCUGCUGCUUGGAGAGGGGCUUUCUGCAGGCCGACGCCUUAAAAGAGCCACCAGUUUGGGCAACAACAGCGUACAGAUUGUGCAGAUCACUCGUCUACCAGAACCGGAUGACCCUCUGGAGAUGAUCUACUUUGUGGAAGGUGCUAACGGUGAAAGGCUGCCUGCUGUCACCACCGCAGACCUGCUGAACAGGCUGGAUGUGCAGCAUGCGGCCAUCUUGCUGGGAUACCGCAUCCAGGGAAUUCUGGCACAGCCUGUGGAGAAGCAGGCAUCAUUGCCGUCUGAGACAGAGAAUACCAACACAUGGAUUAUAGUAGGAGUGGUGGUGCCAGUACUGGUGGUGAUGAUCAUCAUAAGCAUACUGUACUGGAAACUCUGCCGCACGGACAAGCUGGAGUUUCAGCCAGACACCAUGAGCACUGUCCAACAGAGGCAGAAGCUGCAGACUCCCAGUGUGAAGGGCUUCGACUUUGCCAAGCUGCACCUGGGCCAGCACAGUAAGGAUGACCUCAGGGUGAUCCAAGAACCUUUACCAGCCCCAGCGCCAGCUAAAGAGCCGAAUGCCAACGAGAACACAGAAGCGUCCACACCCAAAUCCAAAGGCUCCUCCACUAAGGCCUCCCGUAACAGCCAGCACAGGAGGGGACAGAUCUCUCCUUCCGAUGGUGAUUCGUUGGGAAGCGAGCCAUUCAGUGAGAGGGAGUCUCCGAAGGCAAACCCGAGACUGUCCAGCGAUCCCAAGCAACCUCGUAAGAUGGCCCCGAACGGAUUAAACGGCAAGAACUCUGUAGGUCCUCCUCCACUGAAUGGUGCAGAUGAGCAGGUAUCAUCAGCCUCCAUUUUUGAGCACGUGGACCGGAUGUCCCGCUCAUCGGAUGGCGCCAACAAGCGCUUCUCCAGCAAGAUCCAGCUGAUUGCCAUGCAGCCCAUGCCUGCUCUGCCCUUACCCUGCCCUGCAACCGAUACCAAGGCUGCUGUCAACACCAAGAUGAACAAGGAGAUCCAGGUUGCUCUGAGGCAAAAGUCUGAGAUUGAGCACCAUCGCAAUAAGAUCCGUCUCAGGGCUAAGAGGAAGGGCCACUAUGACUUCCCCGCCAUGGAUGAUCUCAUGGACAGCCUGGGGGACGCCAAAGAGCAGGACCGCAUCUACCAGAAGGCUCAGAUGCAGAUUGAUAAGAUCCUGGACCCGGAUAGCCGCGUGCCCCCCCUCUACACCGAGCCCAGGAAAAGUGGCAGAGAAAAGCGUUCUCCCAAGCAGAGAAAAAAGCAGCAGAUGAAUGGAGAUCUGACAGACGCAGACAGAGACAGACUUAUCACUAAUGACAGUGACGGCACAUACAAGAAAUACCCAGGAGUCAACAAUGUAGCAUAUGUGUCGGAUCCUGACCAGGGCCCCGAAGCUCAAAGUCCAUCCCCGACUGAUGAUGUCUUUCUGAGCUCGGUGUCGCCCCCAGCAGGCCACACCGCCCCUCCUCCACCCUACCUGCCCCCUCAGCCCUCUAUAGAGGAGGCCCGGCAGCAAAUGCACUCGCUGCUUGAUGAUGCUUUUGCCCUGGUGUCCCCCUCUUCACAGGCCGCCAAUGCGGGCAUCACACUGCCUGGGUUGGGGGUCAGGAGUGAACACACAGCUCUUUCCAGCCCUCCGUCACGUGGCCCACGACCCUGUGGGCCUUCAUAUCCUGCGCUCAGCCCCUUCUCUGGGAGAUAUUCCGACUUAGGCCUGCCACCUUCUACAGUACAAGGCUUAAUGCACAGGCCGGGUUUGGGAUGUGGUUACCCUCAAGGAGAAGGAGUCAGUGGAGAGCAGAUGCAGUCUGAGGGGCUCUACAACAGCAGAGGGGGCUAUAUUGAUGAACCGCCUUCUUCUGCCAGGCCUCGGCCAGUAGGGGGCACAACAGGUGCUCAGUUACACCACAUGACACAGGUGAAUUUGUCAGGUCGUGUGAAUGAAGGCAGGCAACCUGGUGCCUUAAACUGGGGGCCUUAUCAUGAAGAGGACUUCAGACCUGUGAACAGAGAUCCUGUUCUCAACUCUUUCGACUACCCCCUCGUGUCUGUGUUCCAGAGCCCCAGGAGCGGAAUGAGAGAGCCGUCCGCCCCCCCUGCCCACCUGGACACAGUGGGCCUGGGCUUCUCUCCGUCUGCUCCUCCUGAGGACUCCGUUCCCCCGAGCCAUUCCUCUGCCUCGCUCAUCAAAGCCAUCCGCGAGGAGCUGAUGCGCCUUUCCCAGAAGCAAGCGGCCCCCACGGGCUACCACAGCUGAGACCUGCUUCCUCCUGACACUCCGCCAGCAAUACUGCACUGUACUUCCUAUGGAAGUGGUUUUUGAGUAGGAAGCCCAAAGAAGAAGUGUGCAAGAAAAAAAAGAGGAACCUUGUGAACAUGACUACUUCACUGGCAGCCAAAGCUUUACCUGAUGUCAGUGCUAAGCAUUGUAUCUGAGUGAAAAUCACUUAGACCCUUUAAUAUUCACAUCCUGGCCCCUUUUUAGCACAGACGGACAAACACGCACUGUAUUGAGAUUGAUGAACAACACUGUCCUUUGAUUCAAUACUGAUUCAAUCCUUUUUUUUUCUUUUUUUUUUAAUCGUUUAAUUGUUUUUACACUGAAAGUGUUUACCUUACUUAACGGAGGUGUCAUGGCAACCCAGAAUUUGUGGUAGCAAUUAACUGUCUUUGCAAUGACUGGGGAGACGAAAGCCAAAACCUCACCACCACACAUUCCUUAAGACCUUUGCUGUCAGAAGUGGUGUCUGUGUGUGGAAUACUGUUUUUCUCUCUCUCUCUUUUACUACCUUUGCAUUAUAAUGCAAAUAAUCUUUCACAAUCUUUCGCGAAGCAUUUGCUCGGGUGGACUUUCAUCACUGAAAAGCGUACGGUUUGCUCUUUGUUCUUUUUUACCAGCAGCUGUUGCUUUACUGUGCACUAUUUUUGAAGAUUUGUAGUAGCAGUAGUAAUAGUUUGUUUUUUUUUUUUAUUCUAAUAAUCUUCUGCUUUUCUCCAUUAUCCUGCUAUGGUGCUUCUGUGUUUUUUUUUUUUGUUUUGUUUUGUUUGUUUGUUUGUUUUCAUAAACCACACAUUGCCUUCUGCUGUAUAGGAAAAGAACUCUUUGUCCAUACAAAUCUCAGAAAUAUAUGCAUGGACUUCUGAAUGUUUAAAUUGCAUAUAGGUGAGAGAUCGAUUAACCAAACUACAAACCCCACGAUUAUAAUAUCCUUGAGACAGUUCGUUUUUGCAGAGUAUAAGAUCUGUCUCUGCUUUUGCUGUACAGCUUGCACUAAUAUUCCACACACUUUCAUGGCGUAUAAUGUUUCUACCAUGCAUGUUAAAGUCACAUUAUUGUAUUAUUUUUCCGUUUUCACUACUAUAGUUAUACUAUUAUCUUGUCAAGUUUGCAAAACAUUGCAGGCAUGAUGUCGACAAUUUGUGUCCAGUGUUUACCUGCUUGAUCUGUGCCGUCAUUCAGCAGUGGAUCUGAUCUGAAACCACCAUGAGGCCUGACACUGAUAGUAUUGCAUCGCCUGCAAAGACGAACAGUGGUCGUGGCAAGCUGCAAACUAAAAUCACCAGAUCCGAACCGGAUUCAUUUUGCUUCGGUGAUUUUAGCUUGCCAUGACAACUGUGUGUGUGUGUGCAAGCAAGCUAGUGUGUCGGCAGCAAUCUAGUGCAAAUGCUUAUCGGCCAUAAAUCUCUAUCAAAUGGACAAAACGUUGGGCCACACAAGCCUUUGUAGCAGCGUCCAUGCACCUUCGUGUGAUUGUACAAGUCUCUGGGGCUGUACUGAAUAGAUCUUUUCCCUUCAGCUGGUGUUUUUGUGACAUCACAAUUCAUCACCAUUGACACUAUAAUGGCCGUAGGAUAUGAUUUCCAUCAUUUCCAUCCCCAUCAAACCAUUCAGUGAGAUCUUGUGACUGAUCUGUGAAUGAGGGCGGAGUCAAAUUGGAAGAGACUCUUCCCUCUAAGGGGACGAGUAGAGCCAAAAAUAAAUGCCCCCUUACAGCAUAACAGAGCCACUUAUUUUUUUUUUUUUUUUUUUUAACCUUUAAUUCAUCUCCAUCUGUAUGUCACUUUGCAAUAUAAGUUGCAGCACCUCUUAUAAUAAAAAAUAAAAAACACAUCCGGAAUACAGGACUGUAGUUAUGUGUGAUUGAAGUGCUUCUUUAUUUUGACUUUUUGAUUUUGCUUGUUACUAGAGACCUUAAUUCUGAGUGACUAAGUCACAACAAUACACACUUUAACAUUUAACAUUCUUUCUGCUUCAUUUUUUUUUAUUUUUUUUAGCUCUGCUGUUUACGUGUUUAUUUAGUUUUACUGAACCGACUGCUCAGAGCUAAAAGAUGCUGAAUCAUGUUCAGUUUUCACUUCGUGCACUGGCAGUAACUAAAUAGUAUUUCAUAAUAUAAGACGUGUCCUGUAAGUCGUAGUCGAGCGAUAUUGAUUCCAAAUAGAACAAAAUGCAAAGGUCAUUUGCUCUGAGGACCAAAGUAUUGCCACAGUGAAGUUCUGAUUAGUGUUAUUGAUUUUUAUUUGAACUAAUGCAGUGCUUGAAACAACCUUCCAGUGAAGUUGUUUUGCAAAACUAGCAGUAUAUUCCAUCACGAUAUAUUUAUUAUUCAGAUUUUCUGUUGUUUUUUUUUUUUCAUCAAGCUGUCAUUGAUACACUUGCAAUACAUUUCGCCUUUUGUUGUAUUUGAAAUACGUGUAUAGCAGAGUACUGUAUUCAGCAGUGUUGAGUCUGAGACGAUCUCAGUCUGUGGUACUAACCAUCACCUCUUAUUUUGAUCGGUUUUGUGCUCGGUUGUGUGUUCUUACUUUUUUUCAAAACUUGUACAAAUCCUGUGUUACAGUGGCGAAACUGAAGUACUGUUUUGAUUGGUCAGUUUAUAUUAAAAAAAAAAAAAAAAAAAAGGUUUAUGUUUCUGAAUUGUUUUAUUUGUUGAGGUUUUCUGCCUUGUAUUUUUGUUGAAUUGUUUAGUUCAAUUAUCGGUAAUUAAGAUUCCUUAUUUAAAUAAAAUGUUUCAUUUCAAAUCAUGUGUUAAUUUGAGUGGUUUUAUUGGAGUUGCUUGACUAAAUUGUGUUCGAGAUACUGUUGUAUGAAGUGUUUGGGAGUAUGUUUCAUUAUCUGUCAUGCGACAAAAUGCAACGCAGCCUUAUUCCUUUUUACAUAACCGGGUGAACUUUUUUUUUUUUUUAUGUAUCAACUAUUGUAUAUACAGCAGUGCUUGAAAGUUUGAGAACCCUUUAGAAUGUUCGACAUUUCUGCAUCAAAUUUAUGCAGAUAUAUAGAAAAGUCUAAAGGGUUCACAAACUUUCAAGCGCUGCUGUAGUUGCUUGCACAUCACGUGUUGAAUUAAUCUGAUGAAGCAGUGAACAUAUCAACAUAGACACGGCUGAAGUUUGAAGUCAUAAAUUUACAUACGCCUUGCAGAAUCUGCAAAUGUUAAUCUUUUUUUUUUUAAAAAAGAGGGAUCAUUAAAAUUGCAUGUAGUUUUUUAUUUAGUCCUGCCCUGAAUAAACUAUUUCACAUAAACAGAUGUUUACAUAUAGUCCACAAGACACAAUAAUAACUGAAUUUACACAAAUGAACCAGUUCAAAAGUUUACAUACACUUGAUUCUUAAUACUGUGUGUCGUUACCUGGAUGAUCAACGACUGUGUUUAUGUUUUGUGAUAGUUGUUCAUGAGUCCCUUGUUUGUCCUGAGCAGUUAAACUGCCCACUGUUCUUCAGAAAAAUCCUCCAGGUCCUGCACAUUCUUUGCUUUUCCAGCAUCUUCUACAUAUUUGACCCCUUUCCAACAGCAGCUAUAUGAUGUUGAGAUCCAUCUUUUCACACUGAGGACAACUGAGAGACUCAUACACGACUAUUACAAAAGGUGCAAACAUUCACUGAUGCUCAAGAAGGCAACACGAUACAUUAAGAGCCAGGGGCGAUUGGUGUAAAUUAUUAUUAUUCUAUCUUAUGUAGCUUAUGUAGCUUCUGAAGGGCAAUUUACACCAGUUUUUCUUUAGUCAACUUUCCCUUAGUAGUGUGUAGUGUAGCUAGGGUAGUUUGGCUGUAACUUGGCUAUUUUAAACCACAAGCAUCCUUCAUCUGAACCCUGAGUCCUGUUGCAACAAUUCUUUGUCUGGUGAGUAUCAUAUUAGUAAUGCAUUUAGCUAAAGAAAACAAUGCAGUGUGUGCUAGUAAUACGCUAAUUAUUUUUGCUCCAAUUCACAAUACAUGUUCCACAUGAGAGAGCUAUUCAUAUCUAUGAUCCAGUAGAGUACAUUCAUAGUGCUCAGCUCAUGUUUCCAUGCACUCUUUCUAGAGUGGAAACCAAAGUCCUGUUUACAUCGUCAGACAAAAGAGUUCAUCAAAGUUUCAUUAGUUCUCUACUGUCUAAUUUGUACAUUGUGUAGUGAUGAAUAAAUACUAACAUUUACAUCGGUCAAACACUGGAGAAAAAUUUUUCCCGAUCUGUGAAUUUUCAGUUGAUAAAUGUACCAAUCAUUUCAAACCUGCAACCACUGAAAUUGUUGAUUUAACUCUCUAUAAAGUUCCCUUCUAAACCUAUUAACUUAGCCUAUUAUCUGUUAUCAUAUAAAAUAUGCAGGAGCUGCAGCGAAUUAGCCUUACACUAUUAACGCUCACUAUCUACACACAUGAAUAUUUCACUCUCAGUAACUCAAGAUCACUUGACCCUGUUUUAUUUUUCAGCUUGCUGAUUUUGUCUAUAGUUUGUCACUCAAUGACUCCAAUAAUGCCUCGCCACUAUCUUCCUGCCUGGCAUGGCUAGACUUUACAUGGGGGGCUAUCACUUACUGCGGCCCAGACACAUGACACCUCACCAACCCCACAGUCACUGAGAUGCACCAACCGAGGGACAAUGCAGCCCAGUCUUGGCAGGGGCACUACCUGUUCACGUAACUGGAUGCUCCCAUGCUCAUAUCACUCUCUAGCUGCUCCCAAACCAGCUCUUAGACAGCAGCGGUGAAAAGACGAUGGUAGAGAUGGAGAGUAGCAAGAAAGUUUAAGCCUCAGAGGCAGUUUGGUCCAUCGUGCACUCCGUUUGGUUCAUAUUUUAAACCUUUAAAGGCAUGCAGAUGAGGUCUGUCACCAGUCACAGACACUUGCCAAAGUGGGAAACGCAACCAGGAGUCUUUUUGGAGUUGGAUAUGGACACGCUCCUCAAUAAAACCAAUGAGACAAGAGGAUUAUAAGACCCAAUAUACUUCAGGCCUUUGGAAUUCACCUUAUCAGCAUCAUUGAAGCUGGGAAGCAUUUGUGAAAUUUGGCGAAACAGCAUUUUGAUAUUUUAUCAGGAUCCUCCAGUGAAAAAAACAGUUCCUUAAGAGAGAAUGUGAACAAACCCUACUGGAUUUACAUCUGUGGAUCUUAAAGAAUGAACUGGAUUCAUCAUCAAGCUCUGGCACAUUUCUGGAAUUGAUCUUUCUCCAGCCCUCAUCAUACUUUUUAUUAAAAACACAUGGAUUUCAUUUUUGCUGUUUUUACAUUAUAGACAAGCUGUAAUCCGGUGCUGUGAUGCACGGGCUCCCGUGCUCCUCACUCCAGUACUGUUUUGGAGCUCCUGCAGAUGUUUCACCUGAGCCUGCUCCCCAUCUGGGUUCUGAACCCUGCAGAACUCCGCCAAAUGCCAGCACCAGUGCUAUCGUCCUUACCCAGCCUCAAGCAGCCAAUCUCACAGAACCCCAACACCAGCCUGCAGUCAGCUGUAUCUCACAACACACCAAAUCCAAUGGAACUGGGUCCAAAGAGUCAGCACCGGUUCAGCGGGACAUCCUGCACUCCUCUCCCAGUUCAGAGGGGUUCUCAGAGGAAGAAACACCUCAAGAGGAGAGUCCAGUUCAAAAUACAAAGUUCCCACAUAUACCACGACCAUCUAUCAUCAGAUCACCACAGGUAAGGUUGAUUAUAUUUGGUAUGCUAGAGUAAAUAAUAGUGCUCAAUAGUGUCUAUGUCUAGUCACUUAAACCAAGAGGUUUAAUGCAGCAUAUUAUUUUUUUCCUAUUUUAUUUGGA